AGCUGCCUCGGAUGAAAGAAUUGUUGGCUUCUAUGGCCGCAGUAUUUGGCCUGAUAGAUUCAUGGAAGCCAUCGAAUUCGGGAUUGUCACGGCGUCGAGGGCCGUAGAGCUACCUGAAGCUAUUCACGACAUUUCCGAGCUGCAGAAUACUGACGGGGGAGUUUUUCAUCCUGCGCAAGACCAUGAUAUCUGACUUUGACUGUCCAUCAUAUAUUCUUAUAGCAGUGAUAUACCUGGGGGCUUUUUCUAAUAAGAGGUAGUUGCCUAUUUAUACACAGUUCUUAGGAUAAAGACAGAAGGUGCCACAGACCUUCCCUAAAAGGAAAGCGCGAGACUUAUAAUUCUUCCUGGCUGACCUCCCACUCUCUUCUACACCAUCAAUCCAGAAUAAUUGAUCCCAUUCUAUAUCCCUGGUAACACUUGCCUAUCCCAUUACUACUACCAAUACACUACCUAGUUAUAUACGCAUACCUCCACUACAGCCAAAAUGGCCGUCCCAACCGACAUCCAACCCAAAGACAAGACCAACGCUGAAUUCCUCCGCGACUCGGGCUUCGAAAGCAUGGACCAGUUCAUGAUCGCGUACGGACUCAAGCCGCACGAUGCCGAAGAAUGUGAAGAAGCCAGACUUAUUUUCGAGGACAUCAAGGACGGAGCACAGGUUGCGUGGGAGCGUGAGCACGGCAUCGGAGCCGACGAGGAGGGGAUUAUCCAGGCCUGUCUCGAAGCGAGCCAGAGAAUUCGCUGGGAUGAGUUUGUGUUUGAAGAGGAGCGUCGGGAUGAGAUCGAAGAGCCGCGUGGGCGUUGGAGGGAGGAGAUCGAUGGUGACGUUGGUGUUGAGAUUGUUGGCGGGUCUUCGCAGAUGAUCUGGGAGGAUGAUACUGAUGAAGAGGUGCUGUCUGACGGUUUUUACUAGAUGUUGCAGUUGAUUCGGGUGUUAUUCGAAAACAAGAGAACUGGACUAGGGACUAAAAGGCGAAGCUCUAAAAAGACAUGAGUAGAUAGAUUAAUGGUGGAAGCCUAAAGGCCUGUCAUAACAAUUGUUAUAAAUCCAAAUUUU